AUGCACAUCAAUGGCUUGCUGAUUUUUACGUUUCUCAAGCAGCCUCUGUUCCAUGACAGCUCUCGUUAUGCCCUCUAUAUCCACAUGGUGUUCAAUGAUGUGUUUGAGCUGAGUGUCUCACUUAUCAUGCAUAUUUAUUUUCAGGUAAUGCCCUACACACCUGUGCCAGUGUGCUACUUUCUCUUGAUCCUGUCUGUUUCUAGCACCUUCAACACCCCCUUGAAUUUAGGACUGAUGGCCCUUGAGCGCUAUGUUGCAAUUUGCCAACCACUCCGACAUGCAGAACUCUGCACCAUUCCCAGAACGUCCUGUGCUCUUGCUGUGACGUGGGUGAUAAGCCUCCUUCCUGCAGUGUCGGACCUCAUCAUUGUCUUCUUCGUUGAGUCGCUGAGCUUUUUCAACACCAGAAUAAUCUGUAAAGGAGACAGCUUCAGCAGGGCACCAUUCCAGUCCAUUAAGAGACACUGCAUGAACAUCAUCUAUUUCUCACUCGUUUGGCUUAUUAUCAUUUUCACAUAUACUGGGAUUUUCAUUGCUGCCCGGUCGGCCAGCAUCUCUGAUAAAUCAUCUGCCAAAAAGGCGUACAACACUGUGCUUCUUCAUGCAGUUCAAUUAAUGUUAAGUAUGCUUACAUUUCUUGCUCCCUUAACGGAGGUAUUCUUUGUAGAAUUUUCCAUGGAGUACCAGAUGGAUGUUCUGUACAUUAGGUAUGUCUUUGUAUACAUUUUUCCACGGGUUUUGAGUCCACUUAUUUAUGGACUAAGAGAUGGAAAUUUCCGAAAUCACAUUAAAGGACAUUUGAAGUGCUUCUGUAAGACAUUCCAUUCAGAUAAGGACAUGCAAAAGUAA